AUGAAUUUGGUGGAACUACCAAACGAUCUGUUUUUGUUAAUCGUGGCAUAUUUGUCACCAAGAGAUCUCAUUCUCUGUCGCCGAGUGAGCCGACAAUUUUGUUCGGCUUUUAGAGAAGACGAACUCAAUCGCCACGCUCUGUUGAAACACUUCCCCAGAGCAAGAGAGCUCCGAGGUGCGUCCGUUGACGGCUGGGCAGAGCUCUUCUCGAAAGUUGCCUCGCGUUAUCACUACUUAAGAGCAGGCAAACCAAGAGGGAUUGAGAAGAUUGCUGUGGCAAAAUCAUGGCUGGCUCCCGAAUGGUCCUCUUAUUACCCUAUUGGACAGUGGCAACGUGAACUUGCAUUUGAGGGGAAAAGAGCACGUUUUCACUACGCAGAAACGUUGUGGACUUAUGAUGACGGAUAUCUGGUCUACCCUUCUGCAUCUUUAAAGUGCUAUGUUGUCCACGAUCUCGAAAGUGGAACCCGUCAUGAGAUUGAUAUUGAAUCGAAGGGAAAGAUUGUCAGAAGGUUGAGACUGAAAUCACAAGUUCUCAUCGUCGAGUGGAGCGAGCGUGAAGCCUAUCAUCAGUUAAAUGAGACCGAAGAAGUUCAUCGUCAUUUUGCUACUGCAUAUGAUAUUCAACAUGACCUAGAGGAUGGCAAGAUAAGGGCAACAUUCCGGUAUCUCGUUAACCCUACACUUAUUUCUUACUGA